AUGUCUUACAAGUUAGCCAUUUGUCUAGUUGCCAUUUGCGCCAUUGCUUUCGUCCAUGGAUCAGAUGAAGAUGCCCUCCAGGACUUCUGUGUCCGUGACACAAACAGCAACACCAACGUCAAUGGAUUCAUUUGCAAGCCUGCAGCUGCAACUCUAGCCAGUGAUUUCAAGUUCCAGGGACUCCGGAACCCCGGGAACACCAACAACAAGCUGGGUUCAAUGGUCACCAAUGCAAAUGUUGGUGAAUUCCCGGGAAUCAACACUCUUGGAGUCUCUUUCGCGAGGAUCGAUUAUGCCCCUUACGGUGUCAAUCCCCCUCACGUCCACCCCCGAGGAACCGAGCUCCUGUUCGUCCAGCAAGGAACACUCUAUGUUGGAUUCGUGAGCACCACCAACAACACACUCUUCGCUCAAACUUUGCAUCCAGGGGAUCUCUUUGUGUUUCCGCGUGGCCUAGUUCACUUCCAGCUCAAUCUUGGAAAGACACCUGCUGUUGCUCUUGCGGGAUUCAAUUCCCAGAAUCCUGGAGUCACUCAGGUCGCGAAAGCAGUGUUUGCAUCUAAUCCUCCCAUUUACGAUGCCGUCAUCGAGAGGGCAUUCCAGAUCAAUCCCAACCUGAUCCAGCAGCUCAGGGACCUCAUCAAGAAGCUAGCAGCGCAAGGAUUGUCUGUGACAAUCAUCAACAUCGACAGCAUCCAUGAGAAUCUAACACGGACAUGGAAGCACAUCGAGCACCAGGACAUUCGCCUCGAAAAACUCAAGGCUCCCAAUGCAGACAACUUGAAUGAUGCCGCUGCUUUCAUGGAUCCCGUCUAUGAUCUGGAAGAAGUACUCACAGCCCUCCUCGAGAUCACAAGGCCUGUGUCAUCUCCUAUUUCUAUCGCCUCUCGGCUCCGCUCGCCGCUGCUAGAGCAGGGAUUCCUUCCGUUGCUUCUGGGCUGGAGCAGCGGCUUGGGCUUCCAUUCACUAUAG